GUGGGACCAUAUUAAUAUCGUGAAUUUCGUCUUGAACAUUUAAUAUCAAAUUUCAAAUUUUCACUUCUCUUAAUAGAAUAAUCAGUCAACUGGCCAGAAAUAUGCCUGGAAAACCAUUUAGUCCUCGCUUCUUGAUUGUCAGCCUAGGCAAUCAAGCACCAUACUACGAAUGCCUCCAUUCCGCUGGCCAUUUCGCACUUGCUUCGUUACAAAAGAUACUUUAUCCGUCGCAAUCUAUAUUUACAUCUGAACGGUAUGGCGGGAAAUCCUGCUUAGCUUCAACGGGGGACAAGUAUACGCUGGUACAGAGCCCGACCCAGAUGAACGUUUCGGGUCCUUGGUUUGCGAAAACCUGGAGAGAAAUGCUGCAGCGCAACCAGUUGCAACCGGCAGAUCUAAGUUUAGUACUUGUUCAUGAUGACCUAGAAGAGGAACUGGGUCGAGUUAGGAUACGCAGCUGGAAAGCAAGUCACCGGGGGCAUAACGGUAUUAAGGAUAUCAACCGGGUUCUCAAAAUGUCCGACUUCCCUAGCGCACGAUGGUCACGUAUCUCGGUAGGGAUCGGCCGGCCCGUGGCUAGGGAUCAAAUGGCCGUCUCGAAUUAUGUACUGAGAAAAAUGACAAGACAUGAGAAGGACGUGAUCAAUGAAGAGGUUGGUCCAAGAGUAUACGAAUGCUUGCGCGAAUUAGAAGAAGACUGGGCGGUGGAGUAUAAUAAAGCGUCAUGAACUUCGCUACAUCAAGUCAUACGCAUUGAUCUACGUUGGAUCCCCCUAAAACCGACAGGCGACGGCUUUGACUGGGCUUAUUCAACUUGUCUAUCUACGAUAGCCUCGCCGCUCGAACCUGAUUUAUUUUGAGGUAUUAUUC